AUGACAACAAAUAGCAGGUUUAGAAGAUGUUGUUCAGAUAGUGGUGCAGUUGUCAUUCCACUAAACAAAAGAACUGUUAGUAAUAUUAGUGUUGAUAGAUAUUCUGAAAGAAGUAUUCAUGAUGAAUAUUUAGAUGAUAAACCUUACAGAAACAUGUGUAACGACUGUAUGACCAGAGUACCGUAUGCAACACUCAUUGCAACAAUUAUGUGUUGCUUGGGUGUUGGAAUAUUUUGCGGUACCAUGUACCGGGGAGCUACACUGACUGCUUUACUGAUGAAUCAGGUUUUCAACUUAAGACUUAGCUGGCUUGAAGCAUUACAAUUAAUUUUUGCAUCAAUUGGUGCAUGUAUGGCUGCAUUAGGAUUCAUGAUACUUUGCGUUGGUUGUCUUGCAACGGGAGCAACAAGACACAAAGUCUAUCGAGCUUGGAGUACACGUGUUGGUGGUCGUAUCUCAUGUGCUGUGUUCAUGGUCAUCACUUACAUACUCCAAUUUGCUUGGCUGUUAAUUUUUGCAUUCUUAGUCAUUACGACAUUUGUAUUCACAAUAUUUUGGGGUCUUUGUGAAAAUCCGCGUGUUGGAUCUCAUACCGAUUGUAUUGACUUUAAUCAAUUUAGUUUUAUGUUCCCUAACUAUACGAGGAAUGAAGAUAUGAAAAUAUGUGGACCACAGGAAGUGAAAUUAUUCUGCAAAGAUUAUGUAGAGAAAGCUGAAGUGAUGUUUAUUUUAGCAACAGUGGCUUCCAUAUUGGUAGUACUUAGUCUUAUUCAUUAUUUAAUGUGUCUAUCAGCAAACUAUGCACACAUUCGUGAUCAUGAAAAAUUUCAAGAGCUACAAGAACUUCAGUACCUACAAGACCCCGGCGAUGGUGAUUCUCCUCAACAUGGUAUGGAUACUUUGAGCUCUCAUCAUCAUAGCAAAGAUAGAUUCUAG